ACACAAACAAAAAGGAGCGCACAGUACGAGCGAGAACCGACCGGAGCGAGAGGAAGAGCACAGGAUCCUUAUCUCCUCCGGGGGAAGCGCGCCAUGGCCGCCGCGGUCGUCCACCUCUCCGUCCACGCCCGCCUCCGCCGCUCGCCGGAGGUCGUCGUCUCUCAGGCGUGCCACCGCCCUUCCCUCCUCCGCUGCCGCGCGUUCAAGCAGGAGGCCGGCGGCGACGACGAGAAGCCGUCGUCGCCACCGAACGAGCCGCGGAAGUGCAGGAAGGGGCCGCUGUACACGCUGAAGGCGGCGAUCCAGGGGCUCGCGGGGUCCCGGUCGGCGGCGGCGGAGGUGUAUGGCGGGCAGCAACAGUACGAGCUCGCCGUCGAGAAGGCCGAGGAGAUCUUCUUCUCGGUUGCUACUCAGGUAGGCAGAUAUGUCAUCACUAUGAUGAGCAGUGGUGUUGUACUAGCAGUUGGAUUUCAGUUAUCAGGUGGAGACAGCCAAACGGAUGCACUAAUUUGGUAUAGCUGGCUUGGUGGAGUAAUUAUCGGCACAAUGCUAGGUGCAAACAGUGUCCUAGAGGAACACUGUAAAGCUGGACCUCGCAAUGUUGUCAUAACGGGAAGCACAAGAGGGUUAGGAAAAGCACUUGCUCGGGAGUUUCUUCUUUCUGGAGAUCAUGUUGUAAUUGCUUCCCGCAGCCCUGAUUCAGUUCUUCAGACCAUCAAUGAGCUUGAAGAGAACAUACAGGAGGGCUUGUCAGUUGCCAAGAAGAAACAAAGAGAAACUUUAUUACAAGCUAAGGUUGUUGGUACAUCUUGUGAUGUUUGCAAACCAGAAGAUGUAAAAAAGCUUGUAAAUUUUGCUGUUGGUGAGCUGGGUUCAAUUGACAUUUGGAUAAAUAAUGCUGGCACAAACAAAGGUUUCAGGCCACUGGUAAAUUUUUCAGAUGAAGAUAUUACCCAGAUCGUCUCAACAAACCUAGUUGGUUCUUUGCUCUGCACCAGAGAAGCUAUGGAUGUCAUGCAAUACCAAGAGAAGGGAGGUCAUGUAUUCAACAUGGAUGGAGCAGGAUCUGGAGGAUCAAGCACACCGUUGACAGCUGUUUAUGGCUCAACUAAGUGUGGACUAAGGCAGUUCCAAGCAUCGCUUAUGAAGGAAAGCAGAAGAUCAAAAGUUGGAGUACACACUGCAUCUCCUGGAAUGGUCCUUACAGAUCUCCUUCUAAGUGGCUCAUCUCUCCAAAAUAAACAGAUGUUCAAUAUAAUAUGCGAGCUUCCAGAAACAGUAGCAAGGACAUUGGUUCCAAGAAUGCGAGUUGUGAAAGGAAGUGGAAAGGCAGUAAACUACUUGACACCACCAAGAAUCUUGCUUGCCUUGGUUACUGCAUGGGUUCGCCGAGGCCGAUGGUUUGACGAAGAGGGGAGAGCAGUAUAUGCAGCCGAGGCUGAUAGAAUUCGCAAUUGGGCUGAAAGUCGAACACGCUUCUCCUUCACAGAUGCCAUGGAGAUGUACACAGAGAAUACAUGGGUUUCCGUGUUCUCACUCUCUGUCGUCUGUGCGUUCAUAAUGCUUUCCAGUUCGGGCGGACCUUUCCCUGGCACAUAAUCCCUGGAGUCGCCAAACCAGAUAAUUCUUUUUUCACCACUGGGAUUCUAUCAUCCAAUGACAUAUGUUGCGAAUGGGGCAAAGGUGAUCCCAGACGCGUAAUUAUGCGCAAAGAGGAUCAUCAUCAGCCGCCUUACCAUUUAAGGAUAAGCUAACCGAGCCCUCAGAUUAAGAAAAGGGUAAAUAGCAUUUGUUAUGUGGGCAUUCCACUUACUGUAAGCUAGUGUGUAAAGCUGUCUUGCAAGAACAUGUGUCUGAAGUAACCAGAGCAUGGAAAGAGUCGACUGGCGUUGCUCGUCUCUUGUACAUGUACAUGUAGUAGUUAUGAUCCUUGUAAAUUCCCGGGUGUCGCGUUGUACCCUUCAAAAAUGUAUAGCAACUUUAGCAACACAGUUUAGAACUGGAAGGAGUUGCCAUACAUGGUUCGUCAGUGUAAAGUUCAAGAUAUGUAUGUCCCUGUUCUUGUAGAAUACAUACCAUGGGAGGACAAAAAAGGUUGUAUAGAAAGAAGCAAGACUGGGAAAUGUGAACUAAUGAAGUGGAUCUUUGUGUA